GUGAUCCCUUCGAUCUGCACAAGCAUCACAACGUCGUCCUCUAGCGUAGAUCUUGCCGGACCUUCUCCGCCUACAGUCUGUGGCUCGUGGCGAGGCUACCGACCGGUCGAACUUAUGACAUGUGCAUGCAGCUUAGAUGGUGAAACCUUUUUCUUCUGUCGAGGAUCGCAUGUCCAGCUUUGGGGUAGUAGUUAUGCAUGAAACACGUCGCUUUCACAACUGCACUACAUAUGUAGGGGUAUGCAGGACUGUCAGAGUCAGUCAGACGGGUGUCAGACCAAGACCCUCGCAACCAGACUUUGAGCUGCUCGGCACGCUCGGUAACCUUCUGAUGGCCUCGGUGAAACGCGCACGGGGAGCGGUUGCGUCAACAGUCGUGUGGAGUCUCUGGGUCCAGGCGAAACUUCGUUUGUUUGUGUGCAUGUGCAGUGAAGACGUUAGACGUCAAGCAGCUGUGGAUUUCCCCGCGGACGUGCGGAACUGUUGCAACAUCUGGAGCCGUGGUUUCUGCUUCUGCCGAUACUGGGGCUCGCUUCGGUUUCGGCUUCGGCGACUGCGAACGAAUGUGUUGACACUGCAGAAUGACCGCCGCCUCCUGUGGCAGUGUACGCACUUUCCAAAUGGAGGCAUCUCGAUGCAACGAUACCAUCUUGCUAUGCCAAACAAAGGGUUCGCAGGUGUCGCUAUCUCAGACUUCCUUGCGACUUCCUUGCCCGUCCUGUCGGAAGGCAGAAGUGCACCUACCGCAUCACCGGCUUGCCUUGCACUCAUCCAACGCCCCCUUGCCUGUAGCCUUCUAUUCGCUUAUCCGAUCACCUCAUUUAUGAAGGUGCAGAAAUUUUCCGGAGUCACCGCUCCGACUCUCUCGGCUUUACCGUGGGCAACGUUGCUUCGAUCGCCUACAGCUAGCGGACCUUUUGCCACAACGGCGACGUUGCAUCCGUAGCCAGGAGACAUCCCGUGUAAAACUGGGUCGUAAGAGCAGUACCUCAUCAUCUCCUGCAGCGGCCCUUUUUCUCCCGUUUAAUGUACUUGUGGCAAUCCGUGCUGUAAGCGUCAGCGUGCGUCGCACACCUGCAUUACUCCCAGUGACCGAGAGCAAGCUUUUCGCAACCUUCCAUGCGCUCCCAACGCAUUGUCCGCUUU